AUGGCGCAGUUUAUGGAAGCAUUGACUAAUGUGACCAAGGGGCAGGAUGACUUGCAAGUUCUCGUCGAGAACUCCAGAAGGGUCGAGAAUGGAGGACAUUCGAGGCUGUUUGACGAUGUAUCGAGGCAUAGUGCUGAUGGUGCACUUGAGGAAGCUGAGAGGUAUCGUCUGAUUGAGGAACGUCCCAGAGCUGUCGAAGGCAAAGGGGUGUUAGGCAUGGAUAUCAAUGACUUGGGGUUGGUUCCUGGUGUGAGGAUUCCCCCGAAAUUCAAAGUGCCAUCUUUUGACAAAUACAAUGGGGCGACCUGUCCUAUGACUCAUGUCAAGGCAUAUUAUCGUAAAAUGUCGGUGUACUCUGAGGAUGAGGGUUUUCUGAUGCACUUCUUCCAGGAUAGCUUGGCUGGAGCUUCCUUAGAGUGGUAUGUUCAACUCGAGCGCACUCAUAUUCAUUCUUGGAGAGAUCUUGUGGAGGCUUUCAUUAAGCACUAUCAAUACAAUGUUGACAUGGCGCCCAAUAGGACUCAGUUGCAGAGUUUGGUUCAAGGGUCUAAAGAAUCUUUCAAGGAGUACGCUCAGAAAUGGCGUGAGUUAGCUGCAAGAGUUCAACAACCUAUGACUGAGCGUGAGAUGAUUGACAUGUUCACCAGUACUUUGUCUGGACACUAUUACUUGGCCUGUAGUGCUUCAGCCAACUUUUCUGAAAUGGUGAGAUAUGGCAAGCGUGUUGAGAUGGGUCUAAAGAUGGGGAAAAUUCAGUUGGGAGCUUCUUCUAAUACUCAUAGUGGUAAGAAACAAGCUGAGGGUUAUGCCCGAAGGAAGGAAGGAAAUACGGAUGCCAUAUAUGGAAGAAGGGGUUCAGGGAGAAGUAAUUCACAGGUUAAUGCUGUCAUGAUUCCAGUACCGCAACAACAACAUCAGCAAGGACAUCGUUCCAAUAAUGAUCGCUAUCCUCCCAGGACCAGGCCUCACAGAAAGAUUGAUCCGAUUCCUAUAACCUAUGCUCAAGUGCUACAACAUUUGCUCAAGAUUGAGAAGAUUACUUUGAGAGAUGCUCCGAAUGCUCCGGACACACAAUCUCCGAAUUACAAUGCAAACGCACGAUGUGCUUUCCACUCAGGUGCCGCUGGCCAUGAUACAGAGAGGUGCAUUACACUGAAGAACAAAGUCCAGGACUUGUUGGAUCAAAAGAUAACUCAGUUCACUCCUACACCCAAUAUUGUCUAUAAUCCGAUGCCUGCUCACGGAGGUUCGGGUGUGAAUGCCAUUGAGAGUGAAGAGAUAAGUGUUAUAUCUGACGUGGGCUGUUUGGCCUUCCCUCUUGUGUUUGUAAAGCAACAUCUGGUCAAUAGUGGCAUCUUCCCGGGCUGUGGUAUUGAUUGUAAGAAUUGCAAAAGUCAACCUGAGGGUUGCGCUGAUUUGAAAGCUAUGGUACAAAAGCUGAUUGAUGAGGGUCCUCUUCAGUUUUAUCGAAGGUUGAGAGGUGCGAAGAGUAAUGACGGUGAAGUGUCUGUGAUCUCAAUUCCUUAUGAGUCGGUUGCUCCAAUAUGUAUCCAAGUGCCUAUUUAG